AUGAUUUACAAUUCGAAAAAUGAUUUCAGCAAUCGAAGAGUGAAGCCAACAGUACAAUUCGUGGAUCCUACAAAGCGAUGUCAUUAUUGCGGACGGGAGGGUAAAAAGGAAGCAGAACCAAAAAAGAAGAUUAAUAAUGGAUUUUACCUCGGCAUAAUUCUUGGCAACAGUAUCGAUCUAACGAUGAGCAGUACUGAGCGCUUUUAUUUUAAAAAAGAUUAUGAGACGUUUAAGCUGCGAUUCACUAUCAUCAACUUACUCCCUUUGACUCUCGCAUAUUUCUUUCCUUCGAGGCCCAUGGAUUCCAUAUGCCACUUUUUGAUGGUAUGGUAUUACUGUACUCUGACGAUCCGGGAAAGCAUCCUCAUCAUUAACGGCUCGAAAUUGGGACCCUGGUGGAUAGCUCAUCACUAUCUGGCCUGUGUGAUCGGUGGCGUAGCUCUCACUUGGCCCGAAGACGCCGCCUAUCAGGCUUUUCACACGCAGUUCUUGCUGUUCGCCGGCUAUAUUUGUCUUGUACAGCAGCUCCAAUACCAGUAUCAAAGUGGUUGCCUCCGACGUCUGCACUCCCUGGGCCACGGCGAUUCGAUGGACGUAACGCUCGAAGGUUUCGCUUCAUGGAUGUUCCAAGGGCUUACGUUCCUUCUGCCAUUUCUGGCCAUUAUGUAUUUGCUAGAAUUGUACAAUGCUUAUACACUGUACAAUCUAUGGAGAACUCAUGUGAAAUGUGCCUGGCAGGUAUGUACUGUAUGA